AUGUCUUUGCCACCCGAACAAAUCAGCAUCAAACGGCGCCGAGAGGAAGAACCGGUAGACACAUUAUAUAUCCAGUCUGAUCUGCAUCAGACCAAGCGUCGGUUUACAGACUUUGUUUUCCAACGAGUCACUGUGAACGGUAAUAACGGUUAUAAUGCCCAUGGAACUAGCUCUGCUCACCUAUCGCACUCUGGGCCGCAGAGGGUCAUUCGAACUCCUCGCUCCGUGAGCAGUCUUCAUCAGCCCAAGACUACAAACACCGCCAGUGGGCCCGUCGUGCCUAUGGUGAGAGCAACGUCACCAGGGGCAGAACUUCGUGAACAAAAGAGAAUUGCGGCUGCCCGCAAGCAGGCUGAGGAUAAACUGGCAAAUGCUCUACAUGGUUCGCCGGGUUCGCUAAAGCCAGAGACUGAAGCUACCACAACUAUAUCACAUAAGAGCGAUUCGGCGCCAACCCGCGAAGGGGUAGUAUCUUCUGCUUCAACCGAACGAGGUACUCCCUCGAUACGUCGAUUCCAGAUUUCACGAAGUGGCACGCCCAUGAGCCCUCUACGUACUACAGGCGGAGGCGUCCAGAAACGCAGAGCAGAUAGUGCCGUGGUUGUCUUGGUGGAAAAGCUGCGGCGUGAGCCACAUUCCAGGCGAGCUUCUCUGGUUGCAGAUGCAGCCGCUCGAGCAGACAUUGCUAUGUCCCUGGCCCAAGAAGAGACGCCUUCUCGUCCUCGAAAGCGGCCGGUGGUAAAUCAAGCCGAGAAGAAGUGGCGAGCGGAGCGGCAAAAGGCAAUUUCUGCUGCUAAAGAUCAUAUUUCCCAAGUGCUUGAGAAGGAAGCGCAGGCUCGCCAGAGUAAUUGGGAGGAGGAAUCGGACAGAUUGGCAAGCCAGUUCGAGCGAAUCGCACUAGAGCUAGACGGGGAAAUGGAGGCAGAGCCAACAAGUUCGAAUCAAUACGCCGCCCCCUCUCCGACUCGCCCUGCGGUGCCUAAGCCUCCGCUGAAACAUCAGCCGCGGGUUCCUAACAAGCAUCGAACCGCACCGCCAGCGCCAGAACCUGAGAGGGUCAACCAUCAAUCGGAGCACGAAGACGGUGGUGAAAGUGAUGAGGAUUAUGUUUACGACACCUACAUCCGUCAUCGGCUCCCAGACAAGGGCUUUAUGGACCCGCUAGCUAGUAUUGAAUUAGACCAAGAAACAUGGCUGCGGCACCAUGGGAUCGAUAGCAGUCGUCAGGAUGUUGGCGUUAUCGUCAUUACGCCGGAGGAUGAGAUGUACUGGGACGACUUUGCGGAGGAUGAGGAUGACGAGGAUAAGUGGGAUAGCGAAGAUGGGGACUCUAACGGUGAGUUACCUUCUAGUUUGAUGCGGAUGCCUGAAGCUAAUGGGACUGCUUUAAUAGCGGAGAAUAAUCCUGCAAAUGACUAUCCGGACGAGGAACUAUCUUGGGACGACGAGGAGGACGAUGCAGCAGCGAUCUACAGAAAAUACCGACACGGAUCCGAUGACGAGGAAUUUGACUGGGACGGCUCCGGCAGCGAAGGUGGUGCUGACGGAUUGGGUCACCGAUACGGACGGUCGCACGUAGAGUCUGAUGAAGAUUGGUAA